AUGUCCAAGAUGUUCGCUUUGAUCCUCAUCGUCGCCCUGAUUGCCACGACUUCAGCUCAAUUCGUUGAUCCUCUUCUGGGUGGACCCUUUGGCGGUCCUCUUGGCGGCCCAUACGGUGGGCUCGGCUACGGCGGUGGUUUGGGCUACGGAGGAAUUGGAUAUGGCGCUGGACUGGGCCUUGGACGAGCUGGUCGUCUCAUUGCUGCCGAACGGGCCGCCGAAAACGCUGCCAUCCUCAACACCGAAGCUGCUCUUCUUGGAUGA